UCCCCAUAAAUUACCCCAUUCUCUCUCUCCUCCCCACAUCUCUCUCUCUGAGUCUCCUCCAAUGGCCUCCUCCAAGUCCACUUUACUAAUCACCACCUCCUUCCUCCUCUUCUUCUUCUCCUCCACCACCACCACCACCAUUCGAUUAAGCUCCGCCCAAGUACCCAGAAACAAUCUCGACCCAAGUCAAUCCGACUCCGACUGCACUGGUCGUUGGAUCCACAUCCGACGUCUCCCGCCGGCUUUCAACCUCGAUCUCCUCUCCAACUGCUCCGGCUACCCUCUGUUCGACGACUUCUGCCCUUACUUGGCCAACCAUGGCCUGGGCCAGAAAACCCAUAAUCUUUCUCACAGCUGGUACCGAACCGACCCCUUGAUGCUCGAGCUUAUUUUCCACCGUCGGAUGCUCGAAUACCCAUGUCUCACCUCAGAUCCCCAAUCCGCCGACGCCAUCUACCUCCCCUACUACGCCGGCAUCGACGCCCUCCGCUACCUCUACGGCCCCGAUUACAAUUCCAGCUCCGAGCAGGGCCUCAAUUUGUUCGAAUUUUUGACCCGGGACGACCCGGAAUUGUGGAAUCGGAAUAUGGGUCACGAUCACUUCUUGGUUUUGGCCCGACCCGCUCUGGAUUUCUCUCAGCCGCUGAGGAACGAUCCGCGGCUGUGGGGAACUUCGCUGCUCGAAUUGCCGCAGUUCUUCAAUGUCACCGCUCUGACGGUGGAGGCGCGUGCCUGGCCGUGGCAGGAGCACGCUGUGCCUUAUCCGUCGUCAUUUCACCCGCCCAAUUUGUCUUUAUUAGAGGCGUGGGUGCAGCGGGCGAGGCGGUCCCGGAGGACAACGCUUAUGAUGUUCGCCGGCGGUGGCGGUGUCGGAAACAAUCCGAACAUUAGGAAGAGUAUUAGGAACGAGUGUGAAAACAACACCAUAGAAAACAAUGUGACGUCAAACAACAACAAUUUGGGGAUGUUUGGAAGUGGGGUUGCCGAGUACACAAAGCCUUGUGACUUUGUGGAUUGCUCGAAUGGUAUAUGUGAGCAUGACCCAAUUAGGUUCAUGAGGCCAAUGUUGCAAGCUAAUUUUUGCUUGCAACCGCCGGGCGACACCCCGACAAGGCGGUCCACGUUCGACAGCAUUGUGGCCGGCUGCAUCCCCGUAUUCUUCGAGUCCUCGUCCGCCAAAGUGCAGUACGGGUGGCACUUGCCGGAGGAUCAGUACGGGGAUUUCUCGGUGUUUAUACCCAAGGAGGAUGUGGUGUUCAAGGAGACUAGGGUUUUGGAUGUGCUUAGGAGCAUUCCUAGGGCUAAAGUGAGGAGGAUGAGGGAGAGAGUGUUGGAGAUGAUACCAAGAGUUAUGUAUAGAAGGCAUGGAAGCUCAAUGGGAUUGAGAGCCAAGAAAGAUGCUUUUGAUCUUGCAAUUGAGGGUGCUUUGAAGAAGAUUAAAUCUAGGGUUCAAGUUCAACCUAGAGGUCAAGCUUUUGCUCAAUGACCUACUUUAAUUUUUCUUUUCUUGGCAUUUAAGUUACUGUAAUUAUUAAUUACGUUGAACUUGUAUUUAGCUAUUUAUCAAUGUGCUCCGCCGUCUGUACCCAAGUUUAGAUUUUUAUUUUCGUGGUUUAGAUUUAUGUUAUGUAAUUAUCUUAUCACUUGUAAAAAACAAAAAUUUAGAAAAAUUAUCAUUUCAAACA